UGUCUCUCUCUCUCUCUCUCUCUCCCCCCCUCUCUCGAUCAAGUCUAAACAAGGCUCUAAACAUGGCUUUGCCAAAGGGAACAAUAUCGAUGAUGAGUGAAUUGGAUUGGUUUAAGAAAGGAGGAAUGAGGCAAGUUGAUAUUAAACGACAUCGUGUAAGGGUCCCAUCUGAUCACAAGAACAUUGUAAUUAGGAAGGCUGCUUCUAUAUCUACCAUACGAUGUUUGAAAGGACACGUUACCCCUCCACCUACUGUUCUUGAUGCCAUUAAUAACAAUAAUGCCCCUUCUUCUUCUUCUUCUUCUUCUUCUUCUUCACUUCUACCCAAAGUUAAUGUGACAAGAAAAGACUUCCCUCUUCAUUUCAAGUUUGGAUGCUCCACUUCUGCUCUUCAGACAGAAGGAGCAGGAGAUGAAGGCGGAAGAGGUCCAAGCACCUGGGAUAGUUUUAUCCAAGAUGGAAUAGGAGAAACAGAUAUAGCUGUGGAUUCAUAUCACCGAUAUCCAGAAGAUGUCCAGCUCCUCAAGGCAAUGGGAGUUGACACUUACAGAUUCUCCAUUUCUUGGUCAAGGAUCCUCCCUGAUGGUACAGUGAGUGGUGGAAUAAACCAUGAGGGCAUUGACUUCUACAACAAUUUCAUCCAUGAAUUAAUCCGAAAUGGGAUAACCCCAUUUGUGACGCUCUUCCACUUUGAUUUACCAACAGCACUGCAAAAUAAGUAUAAAGGUUUCUUGAAUAGCCAGAUUGUGGAUGAUUUCAAAGCCUAUGCCGAUCUGUGUUUCCAAACAUUUGGUGACAGAGUGAAGCAUUGGAGUACAAUCAAUGAGCCACAAGUAUAUGGGCUGUAUGGAUACCAAAUUGGAAUGGAUAACCCAAAUGCAAACACCGCAACAGAUCCUUUCCUUGCCACCCAUAACAUUCUUUUAGCCCAUGCCCACGCUGCUAAACUCUACAAACAAACUUAUCAGCCAAUUCAAAAGGGAGAGAUUGGUAUUUCGCUGGUGACUCAAUGGUUUGAGCCACAUACAGACACGAGACAAGAUAAAGAUGCAUCUGAGAGAGCGUUGGAUUUCUUGGUCGGAUGGUUUAUGGAUCCAUUGGUGUUUGGUGAUUACCCAUUUAUCAUGAAGGCUCUUGUGAGGGAUGGGCUUCCCACAUUCACAGAGGAUGAAAAAGCAUUAGUGAAAGGGUCUUUCGAUUUCAUUGGCGUCAACUACUAUACUUCUAGAUAUGCAGCUGCUCUUCCAAUUAAUCCAAAUGAUAUCUAUACCACCCCUGACCAGUACCAGCAUGUUGAACUCAAAGUGGACAGAAAUGGAAAACCCAUUGGUGAAUUGGCACCUGGGAGUGAUGCCAUCUACUUCUACCCACAAGGCCUUAGAGAUGCCUUGGUAUACAUAACUCACCAGUACAACAAUCCCAAAAUCUACAUCACUGAAAACGGAUAUCCGGAGAAACGAGAUGACACUCUCCCGGUAGAGAUUGCCAUUCAGGACAAUGCCCGUAUUCAGCAUAUACUCAGCCAUCUUUAUGCAAUUUCAGAAGCUAUGAAGUUGGGAGCAAACGUUAACGGCUACCUCAUGUGGGCUUUGAUGGACUGCAUGGAAAUGGGUUCAGGUUACCAAGUUCGAUUUGGUCUAAACUACACCGAUUAUCUCAAAGGCUUGAAUCGAGUCCCGAAGAAAUCAGCUGGUUGGCUUAAAUCUUUCUUGGGUGCACCUUGUUGAUGACCUCGGUUGUUCCACAUCAUCUAUUCUGCUUUCUUCUUCAUUGUUUUGCGCAAAUGUCUUCUUUUUCUCUCCUCAUAUGCCCACUUCUCUGUAGUAGUAACUUUUUCUGUAGUAAUCUCAUAUAUUAUGAAGAAAUAAUCAAUUUUCUUGUCUAAA